CCCAGCAGUCUCUGUCGCCUUCCAGUGACUCUCAUCGCCCCCAGUCGCAGACCACUCUCCCCGUUGAUCUCCCCCAUCCUUCCACCCGUUUGAUCCUCCGUCAGAGCGACCUCGGUUCCCUCUAUUUGUUCGUCAAUCGAACGCAGGAGAACAACAGCAGCAGCAGCAGCUUGCGCUAUGUAUAACACCCAUCGCGGGAUGGUUCCGGCUCCUAACUCCCGUCUGACGGAGUUACUGGACCAGCUGCGCCAGGAGUUUGAGAAUCAAUCUCGGAGCACUGGCGAGUUCGAACACCAAUUAACCGGACAGCUUCAGGAGAUGGAGAUGAUCCGACAGAAAGUUUACCAACUGGAACAAGCACAAAUUAAGAUGAAGCAAGACUACGAAGCAGAGAUCCGGGUGUUGCGUCACGAGCUUGAAUCGCGCGGUGUCCAACCCGUGUCGUCUCAUAUCGCCGGCCCAGCCCAGCACGCUGGGCCUUCCCAGGCUCCGCCACCUGCCCUGGGCCACGGCCCUAGCAAUCUGUUUGGUGGCAUCAUGGCCAACCAAGGAGGUAGUGGCCCCGGUCUUCCAGUUGCCCCUCCCCCUCCCCAGGAUCAGCAGCCUCCCCAGCAUACCCUUCAACAGCCUGCUGCCGCGGCCCAGCAAGGAGCGCCGCAACCACCGCAGAGCUCUUUUGGGGGAUAUCAGCCUGGUGCUGCUGUGAACGGCUACGGACCUCCCCCUCCUCCCGCCGCCUCUCCGGGCCCUGGAAAGCGGCCCCGUGCUCCUCCCGGUCCGGCGACUCCUCAACAGACCCACCAGCUGGCCUAUACGUCGGAUCCCCGUGUCUCGUCGCCGCAGUUGGCCCGGCCCACUCCUCCUAGCCAGGCUAUCGUUCGCGAUCGCCCAGGGAACAUGCUGGCCAAUUGGAACCCCGAUGACUUGCCUGCUUCGCAAAAGCGAGAGGGGGCUGAUUGGUACGCCGUGUUCAACCCUGAGGUGCAGCGCGUGCUGGAUGUGGAACUUGUUCACCAUCUCGUCCACGACAGCGUUGUGUGCUGUGUUCGAUUCAGCCGUGACGGCAAGUACCUUGCGACCGGUUGCAAUCGUUCUGCGCAGAUUUUUGAUGUGACCACUGGUCAAAAUGUUGCCACUUUGCAGGAUGAAAAUGUGGACAAGAACGGCGAUCUUUACAUCCGCAGCGUGUGUUUCAGCCCCGAUGGCAAGUACCUUGCGACUGGUGCCGAGGACAAGCAGAUUCGAGUGUGGGAUAUUAACGCUCGGACGAUUAAGCAUAUCUUUACCGGGCAUGAGCAGGAUAUCUACUCGCUUGACUUCGCCGGCAACGGUCGCUACAUUGCGUCCGGUAGUGGAGACAAGACCGUGCGCCUUUGGGACAUCUUGGACGGCAAGCUGGUCUACACCCUGAGCAUCGAGGAUGGAGUGACUACCGUUGCCAUGUCUCCUGAUGGCCACUACGUUGCGGCAGGCUCUCUUGACAAGAGUGUCCGUGUUUGGGAUACUACUACCGGUUACCUCGUGGAGCGGUUGGAGAGCCCCGAUGGCCACAAGGACAGUGUGUACUCGGUCGCAUUCGCCCCCAACGGCCGGGACCUUGUCAGUGGUAGUCUUGACAAGACCAUCAAGCUUUGGGAGCUUAACGUGCCCCGGGGCGCCUAUCCCGGAAGCGGAGUCAAGGGCGGUAAAUGCGUCCGCACUUUCGAAGGCCACAAAGACUUUGUGCUGAGCGUCUGCCUGACGCCCGAUGGACACUGGGUCAUGAGUGGCUCUAAGGAUCGGGGCGUUCAGUUCUGGGAUCCCGUCACCGGAAACGCGCAGAUGAUGCUUCAAGGCCACAAGAACUCUGUCAUUUCAGUGGCGCCCAGCCCUACUAAUAACCUGUUCGCCACCGGCAGUGGUGACAUGCGGGCAAGAAUCUGGAGAUACUCCAAUUACACCGGACGGUGAUGAGAAUGAUUUGGGAAAGCCUAGGCGCACAUGUGGAUUUUCUUUUUCUUUUUCGAAUCUUCUGUUUCUGAUUCCUCUACUUGGUGCGCCUUGUUCGACGUCACUUCUGGGACUUGCGUUGCAAAAGGCCGAUUGCUUUUAUUGUCACUGCACCCGUAUACGGGAAAGUGACCUUGGAACUCUCUUUUCAAGGAGACGAACCGCCCCGAGCAAAGCGAAAAAGGAGAAAACGAAACACAAUAAAAAGAAGGCUGUACUGGUAGUAAUUUCGCGCUGAUUACGUGGUUGUGAGUUUAUUCUGAGGAAGCUGAAUGCAAUUGUCACGAGAGCA